AUGGAAAAUAAUGAACGUGUCUUCAGGAGGAAAUUAGAAAUGGUCUGUGGUGUUCCCCUAUUCUGGAGUAUUGUUGAAGAAUGGGCCCAGGUGGAAUCAUUCCAGGCGAGGCCAGAUGACCUUCUCAUUUCCACCUACCCGAAAUCAGGCACAACCUGGAUCAGUGAAAUUGUGGACAUGAUCUAUAACAACGGUGAUGCAGAGAAAUGUAAACGGGAUGCGAUUUACGUUCGGGUCCCUUUCAUGGAGCUGAUCAUCCCUGGAAUUUCAAAUGGUGUUGCACAGCUGGCUAAAAUGCCCUCUCCCCGGUUAGUAAAGACCCAUCUUCCUGUUCAACUCCUUCCUGACUCCUUCUGGGAAAACAACUGCAAGAUCAUCUACGUUGCCCGAAAUGCCAAGGAUGUGGCAGUCUCUUAUUACCAUUUCUACCAAAUGGCAAAGAUGCAUCCAGAGCCUGGCACCUGGGAUGAAUUCCUGGAGAAGUUUGUAACUGGGGAAGUUGUGUUUGGACCUUGGUAUGAUCAUGUGAAAGGCUGGUGGGAGAAGAGAAAGGACAAGCCGAUUCUGUACCUGUUCUAUGAGGACAUGAAAGAGGAUCCUAAAUGUGAAAUACAAAAGGUGUUACAGUUUCUGGGAAAGGACUUGAAGGAGGAUGUGGUGAAUAAAAUCCUCCAUCACACCUCAUUCCAGGAGAUGCAGAAGAACCCCACUGCCAAUUAUAAGAUGGUAUCAAAAGAUCAUAUGGAUCACAGUGUGUCUCCCUUUAUGAGAAAAGGUAUUGCGGGCGACUGGAAGAAUCACUUCACCGUGGCCCAGAAUGAGGCAUUUGACUCAGAUUAUAAAGAGAAGAUGAAGGGAUCAACACUGCAGUUCCGAACGGAGAUCUGA